CAUUUUUUAUUUUAUUUCUUUAUCCUCAGUCGCGCAAACCGUCUCCGCUACUCACCAGCUCUUGAACACCGCACGCUUCGUUCGGACUACAACUUGUUAGAGACUACGUGUGCGCGCUUGUUUACCACUAGUCCUGUUGCGACUGGUUCGAUUUGUUUGCGAGGUGUAACAUCAUUUGAACUCGUUGCGCCUACGAUGAAGAAUGUGACCUCUGCUACGAGCUUACAAAACUCUCGCCCGGAAACUUGUUUCAGCUCGUCAUCAUUCACCACGUUCUUCGCGAAUCAUUUGUUUUGAUGAACGCCGUACGCCCGCUGGUGACAUGGUGCAUAACUAGUUUAUCGGAAUGGGUGUUGAUGCUGUUUUUGUGUUCUCGUUGUUAUCGAAGAGUUGAUAAAUGGUUGAUAUGAAAAAAGCGCAAAGCAAUACGGUUGCGGAACCAGCUGCCACUGCUGAAACCAGUGAAUCGGUUAAAAAAUUAUACAAGAGUAUAACUGAAGUUUCUCAUUUUUUGGACGAUCAACGUGGCAGAUCAUCAUCAUGCAAAGAUCUUUUUACUGUUCAUGUUGAUACCCAACGGAUGAAACUAAAAAAUUAUUGUGAAAGAAUGAUGCUUUCCGAUACAUUAUGUUAUGGUCGUAAAGCUGAAGAUAUCAUGUGGCGUAAAACUUAUCAUGAUGUUUAUUCUACUGCUAAACUUUUACGUAAAAAUAAUGAAUGGAAUCACAUUGAGUUGGCACUUUUGGAAAAUCAUUUUCAGUCUGGUAUUGGCUGUUACUAUCAUAUUUUAUUCAAAUUUCAAGCUGAAAUUAAACUCAAUUCACCUAAAUUAUUUGACUUUUAUUUGUUGACAAAUGAUAACACAGAAAACCAUGUUAAAAAGGAUCAUAUUACUCUAUUGAAAAAGAAUGAUAUUAAUACUAAAGAAGAAGCUGGAAUAAUGCAAAUUAUAUAUCGCUGUUUGAUAUGUUUGGGUGACUUAUCACGUUAUAUGUAUGAAUUAAACAAAUUAGAUUUGUAUUAUUCGACAGCUUUUCGUUAUUAUAAACAAGCAUUAAACUAUAAACCUAAUAAUGGACUCCCUCAUAACCAAAUUGGUCGGUUAGCAUUAUCAAAAAAUAAACAUUUAGAUGCAGUUUACAGUUAUAUUCGAUGUGUUUUUAGUUUUGAGCCAUUUGAAGGAGGAGAAAAGAAUCUAAUAUUAUCCUUACAACCAUCUGAAUCUGUUGGAAAUAUAUUUUUGGAGAAACUAUUUGCUGUUUUUCAUUUAUGGUAUACUGGAAAAGAUAAUUCACAAGAACUAGAUAAAAUGUACUCAAGCAUUUUUGACAUUUUGCAUAAUACUGAUGACUUUAAGAACAAAAAUGGCUCAGAUGAUAAAAAAAUAGACAUUCAAAAAGAAGAUAUUACAUCUUCAAUCCAGGAAACUGUACAGGCAAUGUUGACUAAUGAAAAUGUAUUCAAAAUUGUUGUCAUUAUUAUAGCUUGUUUAAAUAAGCUACAUCAUUCCGAUUCCAAAUAUAUCCUUAAAGCAGAAUUAUUUUUUAUGUCAUUAAUGGAUCAUUUUAUGAACCAAAGUGUUACAUAUUGUGAAAAAAAAUUACCACCAAUUGUGAACCCUAACAUAGAUCACACUAAAUUAAACAGAAGACGUCGUAGGCGAGGUUUUAAACAAAAUUCUUCCCAAGAUUCUCAAGAAUUUAGUGAAGAAGAUGAAGCAGAAAGUAUUAUAAGUCCUGAUGAUGAAUCAGAAGAUGAGAGCGAAGAAGAAAUGUUAAUAUUUGAUUUAAAAGGACCUAAUGAUGAUAAAUCAAAAAAUGAAUCGGAUGGUUCAAAUGAUAGUGGUACUUCAUCUUGUGGUUCCGAAAAUAAAAACAAACCAAAAUCACAUCUAUUAAAUAUACCAUUUAUUGAAACUAUAAAGAUGUAUUUUGAUUGGAUCAAACAAAAUUUAGAUUCAAUAAAUCUUGAAACUUCAGUCGGAUUGUUUAACAAUGUUGUUACACUUUUAAAUUAUUUAACACAAGCCAAUAUUGAAGAUAAAUUUGCAGAUCUAGAUAUUAAUCAUUUAAUACUUCCCGAAGAAAUACAUUUACAAGGAAUGACAGUUUUUUCUAAGUCAAAAAAGUAUUACGGAGAUUAUAAUGCCAAUAUGUGUAUUAAAAAUGAGGGUAUGAUUCGAUUAAUAAAUAUACUACAUACUGCAGAAGAAAUAGCUUCGAAAAAUUCAUUUUUAUUCUCUUAUGAUAAUAUCAAAAAGUGGUAUUCAAUUUGUGAUACUUUAAAACAAGCCGACGAAAAAUCAGUAAAAGACGCCAAACGAGACAAACAGCUCGUAAUGGGUCAGUUGUGGCUCCGGUCAGAAGUUGACAAUUUAGAGUAUAAAAUGAAAUAUUCUUCAAGGAAGAAAAGAUUACCAAUGUGUAUUGUAAUUGAUGCCGAUGCAUUAAUAAAUUAUUCAUUUAUCAUCAAGAAAAUUGUUAAUAGCACUAAAUUCAUUGUAAUAGUACCUGCAAUCGUCAUAUCAGCAUUGGAUGAACAAAAAAAAUUAAGCAAAGAAGUUAGGUUAACAAUCCGUUGGUUGGAAUUUCAAUUACAACAAGGAAAUUGUAACUUGAAAUCCCAAGGCAUACAUGAAUCACGGCCCCUUAAGUUGGAUAGUCUGCCGAAUUUAUCAAAAUCAAGCAAAGAAAUUUGUCAUUUUAAACAUAUUUUGGAAUGUUGUAACUAUUUUACCGAAGAAUAUGGUGAAAACACUGGACUUGUUACAUUAAUAACAGGGUCAGACAACUUAUUAGAAUCCUCGGAUCUUAUCCAAAUGGCUAAGUCAGCCAAAAUUAAUGUUGAGCAUAUUAAAACAUUUCAAUUACAAUUACAUAUGGCAAAAAAUAAAGGAUGAAACAAUUAUUUUGAUCUAAAAUGUUGAAAUUUUAUUUUUCACUCAAUGGUACAUCAAGGUACAUUGAUGAGAAUUUGGUUGUCAAAUCUACCGCGCCGUUUGGAUCACGUGGUAGCAGAUUUUACUACCAGAAUAAUUAAAAUUGAGAAACUCAAAUGAAAAAUCUUAAUUGAAUAACUGUUUACAUCUAUUCAUGGUUAAAUUUAAAUAAAGAGAAAAAUCAUUACAUUUUU